AUGGAAAAGUCGAGGACCCUGCGGGCGCGCCUGCAGGGGCGCAGCGCGGGCAAAGACACAGCGCACAGCGGUGGCAGCACCGGUCUGGCCUGCCGGCGGGCGCGGAAGAAUCCCGCAGUCCGAGUCCCGCGAGGACCUCGCCGCGGCGGGCGGGUCAGCGCCAUGGCCACCAACUGGUUCACGGGCGCUCCCUUCGGGCCCAAAAGUCAUAGGUUUGACGUCUCCGCUGUCUAUCCCAACCAGAAGAAGGUCAGCACCUUCAGGGAGGCCCCGUACUCCAGGGUUUACUCUGUGGACGUGUCCCACAUAGGACCUGGGACCUACGACUGCAAGGAGACCUGCUUCAGCAUCAAGAAGUUGAAGAAGAAGGUGGGCACAGGCUGCGCCAAGGCCCAGGAAGCCACCCGGCUGACGCAGCUGCCCCACUUCCAGUACCGGGCCAUCCUGAAAGAGAAGCGGCAGCAGAAGGAAGAGCUAGGGCCUGGCUCCUACAACUCCAAAGACUUCUUAGAAGAAGUUGCAGGAGAACCGGGCAGCACCCGGGGGCUGCUCAGCUCUGGAGAGGUUCGCUUCCGAGGACUCAUUGGGAACUACUAUCCAGGCCCUGGAAAUUAUGGGGAGAAGGGCAACCCAUACACGAAGCUGGAGGAGGGUGCCUGGAACUGGUCUCCUUCCAAGGGCCUCAUGUGCAGGAUGACCAACAAACCGCCCCCCUUGGCUCAUCAGGGGAGCAGUCUGGCACUGGGCACCUACACUUUUAAAAGUGGCAUCGAGGCAUACCUGCCACGAUCCAUGGGCACCCGCGGCCUCUAUGACACUUUCUCUGGUGACCGAAGCAAGCCCCAGCCUUAUGGAGAUUACUCCGUGCAGAAAAAACGGCCCAGGGAACUGAUGAACUUCAAGAGCUUCGUGGAAGAACUUAACUCAUGUCACAGUAAGAAGCGUGGAGUUUUUUCAAAAGUUCCCCGCAACCCGGAAGCCCCUCCAGAAAGAAUUUAUUGGGCCACCCUUAGCCAGUGUCCCCCAAAACUACUUUCAGCCUUUGUUCCUCACCUCUUGGCCACGUCUGGUCCCAGUACGUGGCUUCCUCCGGAGAAGGAAUGCAAACACAUCAACCAACCACCAUUCCUUCUGUCUCCCAAGCGGAUAGGCAUAAAGGCCUCCCAGAUGAUUCUGGGGACGGAAAGAAUCACACCCUUUACUAGGGGGAAGUGCCCGCCAGCUGUGGAUUACAAUUCAGAUCCUAUUCCUUAA